GCAGUUGAAGUGACCUUGGCAACUACAAAUCCCAGGGAGCACUGCUUUUAGGAGGUUUGUGCAAUCGGAUUGGCAUCCUGCAGGGACCAAUGGCAGGCCGAGAAUUCAAGAAAAUUCAUGUGUGUCAGCUGCCGGCAUUAGAAUUCGCUGAAGAGAGCUGCAGACGUGGGUGGAAGCUGCGUUUCCCUUGGGCUACCUGUAGCUCACCCUUGUGUGAGCUUUGUAGUGAUAUUCUGUUUUACGCUCUCUGUGCCUGGGUUGAAAAAGCCUGCUGGACUAGUCCAGAUGGAUGCAAUUCUGAACUGCAGACCGGAUGACUUGGAAGAUUACUACAACCUGCUAGAAUGUGAUGAACUGUCUACGGUUGAACAAAUUCUUGCAGAAUUUAAGAUUAAAGCCCUUGAAUGUCAUCCUGACAAACAUCCUGGAAACCCCAAAGCAGUGGAGAAUUUCCAGAAGCUGCAGCAAGCUAAGGAGAUUCUUACUAAUGAAGAGAGUCGAGCGCGUUACGAUUACUGGCGACGAAGCAAAAUUACCAUUCCAUUCCAGCAGUGGGAGGCCUUGAGCAAUUCUGUGAAAACGUCAAUGCAUUGGGCUGUCCAGAAUAAGAAGGACCAAAUGCUGGAAGCUCCUGGCUCGAAUAAUAGCAGCAACAUAACUAGUGAGAUUUGGACCCAAAAGACUGAAAACAAUGAAGAAGGACUGUCAGAUGGGAACAGGGAGCAAGAUGAUUUUGCAAUUCCUGAUGGGAAACCACAGUCUUCAAAGAAUCCAGACUCCCCAAGAUUUUCAGAGGCAAAUUACUGGCACUUGCGUUUCCGCUGGUCAGGGGAUGCUCCAUCAGAGCUUCUGAGGAAAUUCAGAAACUAUGAGAUCUAGAAGUCCACAUAAGAUCAUCUGUUCAAUGAUUAUUUUUUUUUCAGCAGUUAUAAGUUAUUUGUAUUUUGUAUUCAUGCACUGUGAUGUUAACAUUGUUUGAAUAAAUGUUUUAAUACUGGUUUGCUCACAUGUGAUAUGAGCAAUACAGGUUUUUUUGUUUAAUGAGCAAACUUAAAUAAGCAAAGACCUUUUCAGUAUUAACGUAGUUUUGUGACGUUACAUAACAUCCUGUAUAUUUUUUCUUGUACUGUUAAAUUCUGUGUAGUGAAAAAUAUUUUUCUUAAUGCUGUGAUGUUGUAAAGAAUGUACUCUUGGUAGAAUCAAAAGUCAAUGUUAGAUUCCAGCAAAUCAUACUAUUAAGUAAUUAUCUUCCAAAAGCCAUAUGACAAUGAGCUUUAAACAAAACUGUGCUUAUUUCUAAACUGUGUAUUCUGGUUCACUUCUCCAUUGCAUUGUUCUUCCUGUAGUGAUUUAUAAUGCACACAUGCCUAAUACUAUUACAAACUUAAUCUGUUGGAGAAUUAUGAUUUUAUGGUAUGAAUUAAAUAAGAAGGUUCUUAUUAUUCAAGGUCACUGUGAUAGAUGAAGCACUCCUAGAAAUCCCUUAACUUUCUAAUUUGCUAAGCAAGUAUACUUGUUGCACCAGCUACUUAUUGUGGAAGGCAGUUUCUGAACUUCAGUUCUCCAGUUAGCAACUUUCUUCUUAAGACUUACUGGGGAACAACUAAUACCCUUGGUGUGUGUGCCAGCAUUGGCCUGCCUGAACCUAGAGACUGUUUCUCAUACUGUGGCUUAAUAGUAAUUUCUCUCCUGGCUCUGGCUGGGUAGACAGGGUCUUAUCAAGGUUUUGUAUGGUGAAGAAUGAAGAAUCAGGCUAGUCAGCAUUAAUACGUUUUUUAUAUUUUGGACAACUUUUCAUAUUCUAUGUUGUUUAUUUUCUUCUUUGUAAACCCAGAUAAUGUGUCAGGUAUUGACACUGUAUUUUUCUGCAGGCAAGUAAUUCCAUCAGCAACAAAUAAAAACACAUGCAUACAAAAA